ACCAAUAGCAAUGUGUUCUUACUGAGCGUACGACGGCGUACGAUAUUUUGAAUUUUGGUGAGUGUGUCAAUAGAAGUGCAAUUCUUUUGUGCAUAAAUGAUUACAUUUUGUGAAAGAACUUUUCUGUAAUUGCUGUGCAUGGUUCCGAGAACAAGUAUUUGUGAAGAUGCUGUGAACAUAAUUUUUCUAUUAUUUCACUUUAUAAUUUUAUACACAACACACUAUAACAAGUUUACGGAGUGCCGACCAACCGUGAAACUUGAGUUUGUUAUUUCCUGAGGAUAAUAGAGUGGUUGUUGUACUUCUUGCAUAUGGUGGCUUUCUCUUUGACCAUCGACUUUGCUUAACUUGUAAAUUACAAUGCCAACGAGUUCCCAGUGCAACAUAAGGGGUCAGGAGACUACGCCUGGAGUUAAAAACACACCAGUUUCUGCAAAGAGCAACAAAUCUGAAAAGGUGGAUCCUCAGAAACCCAAAUCUUUGAUACAACGACAUAAUCAUCAUCAAAGUGACCCAUCUUUAAAUGCAAAAUUGCAUUCAGAAGGAAGAACAGAAUCUCCUCUGCCAAAAACUCCAGUUCGUGGUAAUGUUCUUCACCGUUCUCGAUCAAUACCCAGUCUACAUGACAAAAACAUUCAGGCAAGAUCAGAGGAAAAAGGAAAAGAUGGGACCCAGAAAUUUUCAAAUGUUUUACCAAAGUAUACAUCUUGUGAUCGAACACCUGUUUCCCAAUAUGCUACACCUCGACGUAGUGGUGCACAGAGGACAAAACAGCCGUCCUCUAACCAUAGACAAUAUUCAGAGAGCCAACAAAGGCACAGUUUAAAAGCUUUCUCUUGUGAAAUAAACUUGAAAUUAUCUGCAACACCAGAUUGUUAUAAUAAAGUUCACAUGGAAACACCCUUGAGAAAGGAAGAACUUGGAAAUGUGUCUGUCUUGACAGAAGCUGAAACAAGUAAUUUGACUGUGGGUGUAAGAGUGCGGCCCAUUAAUAGUAGAGAGAAUAGUGAUACAAACAUAAUGAAUGUUAUUUCUGUUGUUGGAAAUGAAGUAACUGUCAAGUGUGACACUGGCACUGCACAUACAUUCGUAUAUGAUCAUUGUUUUUUGUCUGAUCAACCACACCAUCCACAAUAUGCACAUCAGAAUACAAUUUUUUCCACAAUGGUUGAACCUCUUCUUGAAAAAAUGUUUGAAGGUUAUAAUGCUUGCUUGUUUGCAUAUGGACAAACAGGUUCAGGAAAAAGUUACAGUAUGAUGGGUGUGGAUUCAGAUAUGGAAAGUGUCCUAGGAAAAGAAGCUGGAAUUAUCCCUAGAUUUUGUCAUAAACUUUUUAAUAAAAUUACUUCAGAAACAGGAUCAUCAACUACUUCAACCACUGUAGAAAUUAGUUACUUUGAAAUAUAUAAUGAAAAAAUUCAUGAUUUACUUGGUGGAUCUUCUGAUCCUGGAAGAAAACCGUUAAAAGUUCGAGAACAUCCAGUUUUUGGUCCUUAUGUUGAAGAUCUAUCUGUUCAUGGUGUAACUUCUUAUGAAGACUUGAAGGGAUGGUUGAAAGUUGGAAAUAGCCAGAGAGCCACUGCUGCCACAGGAAUGAAUGAGAAGAGCUCACGUUCUCAUUCUAUAUUUAGUGUAAUAUUGACACAAACAGAGGAGGAAGAGGUUUUGGAAGAUCACCAUGUCCAUAGUAAGAGAAGUAAAAUCAACCUAGUAGAUUUAGCAGGAAGUGAACGAAUAUCUCAUGCUUGCGUCAGUGGUGAUAGGCUUAGG